AAGAGGCUUCUAUUAAAAAGAAAACCAAAAAUUACACCAAACCCCAAUCCUUAAAUAUAAUUGUCCUUGAAAAACUCACAAAACAAGUUUCAGUUCCCAACUUUGUCCUUAGUCACUUUACACAUUGCAAAGAAAUGUUUGUAGAAGACAUUAACUCUACACAAUGUACUGUACCAUUUUUCAGGUUUAAAUAUUCUUGUGGGGACAUUUGUUCCAAACACUGUAGCCACAACCUGACACACAAACACACACUCACCCACUCAAAACACUCUCACAAUGUGUCCAUUAACACCUGUGUUUGACUAUAAACACAAUACAUUUGGUAGGGAAAUAUUAAUGUGUAUGUGUACGUGUCCUAUAAGAUAUAGAAUUAUGUUGUUCACACAACUGCUGGCCACUCCCAAUGUAAACACAGUGUCUAAAGAAGAAAAGAGGAAAGGGAGGAAAGCAAGUGUGUGGGCUUGAUAAGCUCUCGUGAACUGUGGUUCAAACAGCUGUUGGUCAUAUACAAAGCAGAACUACAAAAGGCAGAGAGAAUGGGAGAAAUUAAUAACUCAUAAGUACAGGCACACUGGUAAGACCAGUUUUAGGGUGUGGAGCCAGUGCACACUGCCAAGCGGACUUGGUCAUCCUCUUCCUGUUUUGUAAAUAGAGGAGCACAGCUUAACAGAGGAGAGAGUCGGCAGAGUUUUUCGACAUGCUGGAAAGGAUGCAGAUUCCCAAAACUGAGGAGACUAAGAAAUACAAGGAUGACUAUAUCCCUUACCCACGUAUUGAGAAUGUCCUGGAGAAGGGUGGUCCCUACCCUCAGGUCAUUUUACCUCAGUUUGGAGGAUAUUGGAUUGAGGAUCCCGAGGCUCCGGUCGGGACGCCCACAUCCUCAGACAGCAGCUUCUGUGAGGAGGAGGAGGAUGGGCUGAACCCAGGUGGAGGAAGAGGAGGAGGCUUCAGCUACAGGCUGGAGUGUAACAGCAUCUCACGGGCUUAUCGCAAACACUUUCUGGGCAAGGAGCACAUGAACUAUUACUGCACAGGCAGUAGUAUGGGACACCUCAUCAUGUCUCUGAAGUACGAGGAGGCAGAAGGACAGGAGUCUCUUCGCAUCAUGCUCAGGUCAAAAACAAAGACCCUUUAUGAGCGAAUCCCACUUGAAGGCAUCCUCCAUCUACCCAGCGUACCACAGAUAGCCAAGCUGCUCUGCGAUGACGUCACCGGUCUGAAGUUCAACCCCGUCCUCUACCCUAGGGCCUCGCAACUGAUCGUCAGUUUUGAUGAGCACGAAGUGAACAACACUUUCAAGUUCGGAGUCAUCUAUCAGAAGUUUGGUCAGACGUCAGAGGAAGAACUGUUCGGGAACAAUGAGGAGACGGCAGCCUUUACUGAAUUCCUCACUGUUUUAGGAGACAAUAUUGAACUGCAGGAUUUUAAAGGGUUUAGAGGCGGUCUGGAUGUGUCUCAUGGGCAGACUGGAUCAGAGUCUAUCUACACCACGUUCCGUCAGAGAGAAAUCAUGUUUCACGUUUCCACAAAACUCCCCUUUACAGAAGGAGAUAUUCAGCAGCUCCAGAGAAAGAGACAUAUUGGCAAUGACAUUGUUGCAGCCGUCUUCCAGGAAGAGCCCACACCAUUCGUUCCUGAUAUGAUCGCAUCCAACUUCCUUCAUGCCUACGUGUUAGUGCAGGCGGAAAACCCCUGCACUGAUCACACCACGUACAAGGUGUCCGUCACAGCCAGAGAGGAUGUCCCUCCAUUCGGCCCCCCUCUUCCAAACCCUGCGGUUUUUAAGAAGGGUCCAGAGUUCCGAGAGUUUCUCCUGACAAAGUUGAUCAACGCCGAAAAUGCAUGCUACAAGUCAGACAAGUUCGCCAAGCUAGAGGAGAGGACACGGGCCGCACUGUUAGAUAACCUUCACGAUGAACUGCACAGACAGACACAGGCCACAGUAGGACUGGGAUCAACUACAGAUGAAGAAAAGCUAGAAAAUGGGGGUCAUGGAGGGCUGCUGGAGUCUUUUAAGAGGGCCAUGCGUGUGAGGAGCCACUCUAUGGAGACGAUGGUGACUCAUAAACACAAGAGUCCUGGAGUGGCGGCAGGCGUCCCGUCCAGUGUGAGCGGUGGAGGACUCCAGCAGAACAGCAUGGAGUGCACCAAGAGCACCUUCACUCCUCCAGCGCUGUCUGCUAAAUCUCCUUUAAAGAGUCCAGUAAAGCGGCGCUCUGGUCUGUUCCCCAGACUGCACUCCAGCACAGACAGUCCAACUGAGAAACAUCCAUCUCGCAGUGACCAAAAAACAGAAGUGUUACCUCACUCACAGGAUGUGAGGUCAGAGACGUCAUCCAAUCCGAGUUCACCAGAGAUCUGCCCGAGCAAAGAAAGGCCAUUUUUGAAGCUGAAAGAGUGUAGCGGCAGAGCUAAUAUCUCCCGAUCUUCCUCCAGCACCAGCAGCUUCAGCAGCACAGCAGGGGAGGGAGACGGACUGGAGGAGCUGGAAAUGGGCAGUCACUCGUUCACGGCUUCAUCUGUGUACAGUCCAUCUCUCGGUGCGGAAAGCCAGAACUCUGGAGCGCCGCUGAUCAUGUGCCGCAGUCCCACAGAUGGAAAGAGCAAAACUUCACCAAGGUCAAACUUGAAAUUCCGCUUUGACAAACUGAGUCACUCCACUGGUCAUUAGGUCAGACGUCAGACCAGAAGCCACUGCAUGGACAAAAGGCAGUGACUCUGAAUGGAUUUUUAUAGAUUGGAAGAAAAAGGGACCAUUUUCUCUUGCUA